GGCGAUGUCUGCCACUUGUGAACUUCCGGAAUAACGAGUAGCAGUUUCCUGAACAAAUUUUGUAUCAGAAUGUAGACACAGAGUGAUACACACAAGAUGUACAAAGUUUAAACGGAAAGUGGAGCGUGUAAAUGAUAAAACAGGGGACUUCGUUAUCCGUGAUUAACAUCUACUGGUGCCCAAUAACCAGCAAAGGGCCUAUUCAGGAAAAAAAAAAUCAUAAACUUUCAUUUUAGUUUCAUUUCAUAGUACAAAGUCAGAAUAAUUUCAAAUUAAAACGAAAUAAGACAAGCCCAAAGAACCUCAGAAAGCUUACAGAUUUUUAAUGAAUUGAAAUUAAACGUUUCAAGACCACCACAACCUUUUCGAUUUAUCAGAUGAUAACUUUUUUAGAAGUUGUGAGACAGAAAUACCCUGUACACCGUGGUGUGCUUGAAAACUUAUGAAACACCAAAGAGACAAAUUUUCCUGUUCCUGUUAACCUAGUUUUUGAACAUUUAAAAAGAAGCUAAUUAUAAAAACUAAUCACAAUGAGUUUUGAUUUGGGAAACACAGGCUCGGAUGAUGAGGAAUACGAUCCGUAUUCGAUGAUGCCUGUCACUAAACUGGUGGCCUUGUAUGAUUAUUCUUAUCAAGAUGACGAUGGUCACAUAGUUCAUAUGAAAGAAGGAGAAAAAUAUCAUUUAAUCCAGAAAGAGGGGGAUUGGUGGGAGGUGGUCAGAGACAUGGGUAAUUUGGACGAUCUCUCGUUCUACGUUCCUGCUAAUUAUGUGCGUGUUGUUGACAACGGCGGAAGUAAUGUGGAUGCCACAACAAAAACGGAUGAUUCAGGACUUGAGAGGGAUGAAGAAAUCAGAUCAGGAAAUAGCACACUAGAUGAAGAAUCCUCUGACCUCUCAAGUACACAAGUGACUCCGGAAAAAAAUGUCGGCAAAACAGAAAAUGGAGUGGAGGGAUUAAAUAGCAAGAUGGAGUCUGAAUUAAGCAGUGAAGUAACAUUCGAGCGUAAACAAUCAACCACCUUCACAACAUUCGGGAAUCAGACCACUGGGUCUUUAAAUCUGAACACUAAGGUUGCGGAAAACACAGGAUAUAGACGAAGUUUUUCUGAUGAAGGAGAUUAUGUCAAUUUAGACGAGUAUAGAAUUAAUGCUGGACUGAACUCGGAAAGAAGGGAUGGAACACAAGAGAGAUUCUCAGAAGACCUUUAUGCCAACAUUACAGAGAUUCACCCUGGGGACACACUCAAGACCCCAGACUCCCCACCCCCAACAACAGAGGGGAAUUACUUAAAGACACUUUUAGGGGUAUGGGAUAGUUUUUUGGACCCGGUCACAAAGCGAAUCUACUAUGUCAACAGAGAAACACAUGAAAGGACAUAUAAACCUCCACGUCCUGCAGAUCGGCAAAAACAGGUUGAAGCCUUAAACAGUCGGAAGGUCAGUUUACCUGAAAUCACCGUAAACAACGAUGUCCUUCCUAGCGGAUGGAGAGUCGAAGACAGCGCAGCAGGGAAAAUAUUCGUUAACUCCGCCACCAAUGAGAAGUGGGCAUCAAAGGUCAACGAAGAUGGUCAACGGUAUUACUUCAAAAUCGACAGCGACGAAUCGGCCUGGGAACUCCCGAAGAUUGACGAACCCAGUAGCCCGCCCCCUGUUGGGCCCCCUCCUACACGCUCCCCUAGCCGGUCCCCCCGAAUGGCACGCUCGGUAAAAGCCCAAUCCUUGAUCAUUGGAAACAAAAUUAACUUUCAGCCCUAUAUGCCUACCAUACAUGCAUCUGCACAAAUUCCAAAGUCGCAAACAUUGCCUGCCAACAUGUCUACCCCUCUCAUAAUGGAAGGUGUUUCCAGUGACCAAAGAAGUGCUACAGUAGCUCCACAGAUGCAGGAGGGACUCUCAGGAACAUUCAAGGUUGCCAAAGUCAUGGAAGCUGGAAAACCAAAGAAAAAAAGUUCCAACCAGAACUUUGUCAAGCUCUCUGGCUCUAAUAUGGUGUUUUACAAAGAUCUAAGGGCAUCAAAAAGCCAGCCUGGGUCCCCUAAUGGAAGACCAGAGUUCAUAGUACCCUUACAUGGGGGGCUAGUUGAAAAACACAAGGAAAAGACCAAUAAGAAGUAUUUAAGGUUGACUACCAGCCAAGGAGACCAGUAUAUCCUACAGUUUGAGGAUGACAUCAUGAUGACAAGUUGGCUGGUCCAAAUAGAUAAAACAAUAAGAAGUCUGGGAGGAUCUAGUGAUGUCACGCCCCCUUCACCCUCACAGUUACGGCCUGAGCCAGAAAAAUUACCAAAGAAAAAACCUUCCUUUAAAACAAGCCCUUCAAAGGAAUCAUUAACCUUAGUCAGAAAAGGAAGUUCCAAUGAGGAAGGAAGUUUGGAGAGGGGUAAAAUGAGGACCAAAUUGUUCAACUUCUUAAAAUCAAGACCCACGAAAGAGUCUCUUGAGCAAAAGGGCAUUAUAAAGGAUGCUGUAUUUGGAGCUCAUCUUAAACUACUGUGUGAGAGAGAGAAAGGAAAGAUUCCCAAGUUUGUGCAGAAAUGUGUUGUGGCAAUAGAGAAAAAAGGUCUGGACCAUGAUGGUAUGUACAGAAUCAGUGGAAACCUUGCUCAAAUCCAAAAACUCAGGUGCCAGGUGGAUCAAGAUGCAGAACGCAACACAAUAAAUGAAACUCAAAAAGACCAUUAUGAUUUAGAGGAUGAAUGUUGGGAUAUCCAUGUUUUGACUGGUUCCCUUAAGUUGUUCUUCCGAGAAUUAAAAGAACCUCUUUUCACAUAUGGAGUGUUCGACAAGUUUAUUCCAGCUUUAGGAAGGGAAAAGAACAGUGACCGUUUGAAAGCUGUGAGAGAUUUAAUAAACACACUACCAAAGUAUAACUAUGAAACCCUGAAAUUUUUUCUGGCUCAUUUGUGCAAGGUCAUAGAGCAUAGCAAGGAAAAUCGUAUGCAGGUCCACAGUGUGGCUAUAGUGUUUGGACCCACACUAAUUUGGCCAGAAACUGUGACACCAAAUUUAGCGGCCAACAUGAUUUACCAGAGUCGGAUUGUCGAAUACUGCCUUCUGGAGUACAGAAAUAUUUUUAGGUGAAAAAAAGAAGCAUGAUUCGUGUACAAUGAAUUUCCCUCUAUUUCGUGCUCUAGUUUAUCAAUAACUGUGUGUAUGAAAGAAUUUGGGUCAGGACGGGAGAAAGAAAAGAAAAAGAUGUAAGUAAUGUUGAGUCAAUCAUUGUGAUGAAAACUUCACAGGAGAUUUAGAGACAAAGAAGCAUCAGUUACAGCUGAAUUAGUGCAAUUGUCCUAAUCUGACAAGGUCAGAGGUCAAAUUUCAGAAGGUCGUCAGUGAGUUCAAGGAUGACCAGAUGCUAAAGAAUGCUCAUUAUAUGCCAAAAUAGAGUUUUUGUUUUUCUUUCUACAAAGUAUUGUCAAAGUCUGCAAACUAUCUACAAAACUGUUAUAUAGCAUUUUCUGUUUAAGUUUUACAUAUACCUUUAUGCUUUAACAUUUAGUGAUUUCCUUAAUAUAUAUACCUGAUUGCCUGAUGAUGAAAUAUAUUAAUUGAAAAUACGAAACACAGAUUCUUAGAAAGCUAUAUGAUCGUGCUUGGUCAUUUUCAAGAAAUUCAUUGACUAUAAUUUUUUUCUUGAAAUUUAAAAAUAAUUUCAUUUUUCAUCAUAAGAAAGUACAUCUAAACAGUUUAUUUUCCCAUUUUAAAUGAAAAUAAUUUUUUUGUUAAACAUAAAGAUGUACAUGUGUUCUCUUUGAAAACAUUCCGUUGGAUUGACAUUCCUUAUGUAUUUAUAUAUUCCCUUCUUUUUUGAUUAAACAGAGAUAUUUAUAUUUAUACAUAUAAAUCAUAAUUUAUGUAGACAUCGUUUUCAUUUAAAUGACUAUUGUUAAAAUGCAAAAAUGUCUUGAGUUUGAUAAAUAAUAUUCAGAUGUUGAAGAAAGUAUAACUUACUGAUACUAACAAAUAAUUAACAUAAUUACAUUAAUUAUGUAGGCCCCUAAUUGAGACAAAUGUGUGUGUCUUUAUGCCAGGCAGUAUAUUUAAAUGCUUAUCAUUUAUUGCUAACAUUACAGUUGGAGAGAAGAAAACCAAUACUAUCAAUAGAGGUUAGUUUCAAAAUUAUAAUUUAUUUACAGAUAUAUUAGUAUUCCUAAUAUGUUUAGUGGAUAUAGCGUUGAACCUGUGUAUACUUUAAUUUUGCAUGGGUUUAGCAAAUAAUUCCACUGAAUAUUUUCCAGUUUUUACAUUACAAUUUUGUGAACAUAUCUGUAAUUCUGCAUGAUUGAUAUUCUUAUAUGAUUCCAAAAUAUUUAUGUUUAUUUUUUUUUCUCUGAAGAAUUUCUUUUUGUGAAUUUUUGAACAUGUACUAUUAUUAUAAGUAUAAUCUUGCAAAGUUGUCAAAGAAGAAUUUUCCUAUUCUUUUCAAUAGGUGCUUGAGACCGAUGAUUUUUUUCACUUACAUUGCUACUAUUACAGUCUGCAUAAUAGAGUUCUUCAGGUAUAUUUUUGUGAAAAAAAUUUUUUUCUUGACUGUAACAGAAAUUUAGGGGUCAAUUUUAUCAAAUAUGCAGCACAGAUACUUGGCAGAACUUUUCUUUAUUUUUCGCCUUUGAAUUUACUUUUUUGUCAUAUGUAUUUGAAUGAUAAAUUACCGGUAUUCUAAUAAUAAUUGAGUUAGCACAGCUGACAUUCCUUUUCUAACUGCAUACAACGGAACACAAAUAUAACCCGGUUACAACUUCUUGAUCAAUUUACAAGUUUUCUCUUUAUAAAUACUUGGCCAGCUAUGUUAGAUUUCUCUUCUGCCUGUAUUUUAUGACUGUUUUCUGUUGCAAUGCAUGUAUGGGGACCCUUUUAAAAUAAUUAUCUUUACAUCUGCGAUCAAAACAUAUUAAAAGAAAUUGAAUUUCUUCAAAUAUGAUUUGUGUUGUAAAAUUGUAGAACACUUAUCUUUCACAACACAUUAUUUUCGCCAUAUGUUAGUAUUUUUUCGAACAGUAUUUUCACAAAUUUUUUUAAUUGUUAUAAAUAAUCUUUCAUGUUACUGAUAAAUGUAAAAUCAAAUGUCUGUAAGCAGCAGUCAUUUGUAAAUAUUCAAAACAGAAAAAGUUAAUCACGUAUUAAAAGUGAGUUAGAGUAUUUUAAUUUGGUAUUCAUUGUGAUCAUAUUCCACAUUUUCUGCCAAAUUCUGAGAGAAUGUACUGAUAUUUGACAGAUAAUUAAUAUGUGUUAAUUAUAUGUAAAUUUGCCAGACUGUUGACAAUCAAUUUUUUCAGCUUCUAUAUUCCGAUAAACUACAGCAAUUUUCCUUUUUUUGUUACAUUCUGUCAUUCCCUUUUUGCAUUCUGUCAUAUUUAUUUAGAAUGCAUCAGAUAUGCUUAUUUUAUGUUCUGCAUGAAAAAAAAAUGGAGUAACAGUAAAAUAAAGCAAGAAUAAUUGUCUAAAAAUAAAUAUUUAAUACUUAGCUACAGUAGAGUAAGUGCAGAUUAAAUUUACUUUUUUGUAUACAUGUGUAAUAUAGAAUAUCAUGUCAAAGAGUGCUGGUUACUUCAGAAAAUGCAAAGAGAUAUCUUAGAUUUAAAACAAUCUAUUCUUUUUCUCUUUCAGUAAUUAAGUUUAUUAUACAUGUAUUCGACGUUUGUGUUAUUAUUAUUUUUUUUAUUGAUAAAUGAAAAUAGAAUGUGAAAGAGGAAUUUUUAUAAAAAAUAAUAUGAAAAGAUUAAUUUAUUGUAAUAUAAUUAAGAACAUUCAGUACUUACUGUAAUUUUCUCUCAUUGAAUGUUUAUCAUUCUGUUUCCUUUGAUCUUGCUACAGUUUUAUGGUGCUACAGUCGUCUUCUGUGAUCGUGUACUUGUGUUCUAUGUACAGCGUUUGAUGUCCAGCAUUUUAUUAUUCUAAGGGAACAUUAUGAUGUUAUGUCAAAAUUGCUGUCUUUGAAGAAUUUCUAUGUUUCUCCAGAAGCCUCCAAACUCUCCAUCCAUUGUAAUUCUUAUUACGUCAUCACAUAAUUUCAAUUAUUUAAAGACGUCAUUGAUAUUAGUAUUUCUUAAAGGCUUUACAGAAGUACAGAGUGUAUGUUAAGUGGGAGGGGGGGGUAAUCUUUUGAAAGAUGACCAAUACCUUCAAUUACAUCAUUAUUUUCCUGAAAUUUAUUAUUUUAUUAUUUUGUAAAUCGUAAAAAAUGCAUUUGCAUACUUCAGUCAUGAAAGCAUAUUCAGCAAAACGUGUUCAGUGGUUGGAGAAAAUGUUUUUGGAAAAAUAUGAAACAGUUAAAAGCUCCAGAUGUGAUUCUUGUUACAUUCCUGUGUGUUAUGUUUUCUAAAUGAAUGUUUUGAACUGAGUAUAAGGCGUAUAAAUGAACAUGUUUGUUAACAUAGUAUUAUGUGUUGCUAUAUAUAUUAUAUAGUUAGAUUUAUACAGAAGCAACGAGUUCAUCAUAUUUUUUUUUGUUGAUAUAUGAUACAUUUAUUAUCGUGUAAAUAUUAUGUUACAAAGACUCUAAUCGGUUAAAACAAAUAUGUACAGAUCGGAUUAAUAUUUAAAAUAUGUGUGCUUGUUUUUUUUUUGUUCAAACAAGAACUAUAUUAAUAAAACAUUUAACAGA